GGGCCUUGCAAGUAUUAACUUAAGCACAUUCCAGGCAGAGAGGAGAGUCAGGACAAAAGUGCUAAGGAGGACUGCUCCUGAUAAAUUCCAAUCCAGCAAGGAGGCUGGCGUGGGGGACAAGCAAGCAGAGGGACGAGCAGUCGGAACCGGCAGACGUAGGAUCUUGAAAGUCCCGUGAGAAUUUCACAGCGGCUGCUCCUCCACGUCCUCGGGCUCCAAAAUACAUCAGGCCAAGAUGAACAAGAGACAAAAGAGUAUUUUCCUGAAUGCUACCUAUUACUGCCGGUUGCCGGCUCGCGUGCAGAUUCCUGUGGCUUGGCAGCCAGUGCCUCAGCUUCAGGCACUUUCUUUUCCUUUUGGCUAAGUGCAAACUUGGAAGGGUUUGGAGUUUUUGAAAGGAGAGAGAAUCUUUUCAAGUUUGUAUCCGAGGACACUUAAGAACUUGAACUUGACUUCAUGGGAUGGUCACAUUUUUUAGAAAAUAGAAGAGCAAGCUCUCACAAGGUUAAAUUUCAGGAAAGCCCUCUUGGAAGCAAGACAAAGGCGGGGUAUAAAACGAAAACAAAAGCGGCCGGAGUUAGGUCAUUUGAUUUUUACUCUCUGCACUCAAGACUGACUCCUCUGCCCACUGGAACAGGUUGGCGCCAUGACGUUGGGGCACAACCAGUCGACAGAUUACUACUACGAGGAAAACGAACUGAACGGCACCCACGACUAUAGUGAGUACGAAGUGAUCUGCAUAAAAGAAGAAGUCAGGAACUUUGCAAAAGUCUUCCUGCCUGCCUUCUACACCAUCGCGUUUGUCAUCGGGCUCGCGGGUAAUUCCAUCGUCGUGGCCAUCUAUGCCUUUUACAAGAAGCAGAAAACCAAGACCGACGUGUACAUACUGAACCUGGCGGUGGCCGACCUCCUCCUCCUGUUCACGCUGCCCUUUUGGGCGGUGAACGCAGUUCAUGGGUGGGUUCUAGGGAAAGUCAUGUGCAAGGUCACGUCGGCCUUGUACACCAUCAACUUCGUCUCUGGGAUGCAGUUUCUGGCGUGCAUCAGCGUCGACAGGUACUCGGCCGUCACCACAGCCCCGGGCCCGGCACGCGUGGGCAGGCCUUGCAGGUGGGUGUGCGCCUGUGUCUGGACGGCCGCCGUCCUGCUGAGCGUCCCCCAGAUGGUAUUCUACACCGUGACCCACCAGGCACGGUGCCUCCCCAUCUUUCCGCACCACCUGGGCACCUCCAUGAAAGCGUCCAUUCAGAUGCUGGAAAUCUGCAUCGGAUUCCUCGUGCCCUUUCUGAUCAUGGGUGUGUGUUACUUUAUCACCGCCAGGACCCUCAUCAAGACGCCCAACAUCAAAAAAUCUCGACCCCUCAAGGUUCUGCUCGCAGUGGUCAUCGUCUUCAUCGUCACCCAGCUGCCCUACAACAUUGUCAAGUUCUGCCAGGCCAUCGACAUCAUCUAUGCCCUGAUCACUGACUGCGACCUGAGCAAGCGCAUGGACCUGGCCAUCCAGGUCACCGAGAGCAUCGCGCUUUUCCACAGCUGCCUCAACCCCGUCCUGUACGUUUUCAUGGGCGCCUCUUUUAAAAACUACAUUAUGAAAGUUGCCAAGAAAUACGGGUCCUGGAGAAGACAGAGACAGAACGUGGAGGAGAUUCCUUUCGAUUCCGAAGCUCCUACAGAACCGACCAGUACUUUUAGCAUUUAAAUGCCAGAUUACUCUGUCUCCUGCUUGGACCCGAGGCUGCGCCCUCAGGGAAAACAUCUGCAACAUUCUGGAACUCAAAUCUCAAACUCUGUGCUUGCAACGCAUAACGAAGAAGGGGUUGGGGUAGGGAGGAGGUCAGGGGAGCAGCCCAGAAGAGGAAAUAAGAGAAUAAAGGCACAAAACAUGAAAGUGAACGAUAUGGGAAAACAGGACUAGUGACAGCACAAAUAAAUGAAACCUCUGUGCUCUGAGUUAGGGCAUUUAAAACAGAGUAAUAAAGAGGCUUAUGUUAAGAAACAUUUUGAAUUAUUUUAAAUUAACUAAAUUUUAACAUAAGAAUGAUUUCCCUGUAUAAUUUUAAUACUUGAUCAACUAUGCAGCAAAAUUUCAUCUAUCUCCCCCCCUCCCAUUUCUUAAUCUGUAAGUGAUUCCAUAAGACCCCAGGAAGAAUGUAAUUAACAAUAACAAAAAUACAUAAAAAACUUCUCUGGCCCUUUUAAUACAUUCCUGAUAACUUUCUAAUUUGCUGCCAUGGUGUCUGUCAACAUCUUUUAGUAAUAAACUGGUUAUCCUAAUAAAUUUAUUGCUUUGUGAAUAUUCUAGAAGCAAUCCCCAGAUCAUCCUAUUUAUCCAGGGUCUAAUAUUUCCAUAUAGGCUUCAUCCAUCUAUGAAAUCUAUUACUGAGAGCUGACCAAACAAUAUAUUUCCCUGUGCAUAAAGUUUCUUACUUUUCACUUAAACCUUGUACUUGCAAGCAAUGAAAAAAAUGUAACAAUGGCGUUGUUCCUAAUGUACAUAUACAGCUUAUAUUUUAAUAGAAUUAUGUAUAAAUUAUUAUAAUCCAUGUAGUGUGCCCCUAUUAAAUUUAGUUUUGAUAGAAAUUACAAUGUCAAAAAGGAGUAUACACUAAUAUGAAUUUGAUACCUCAUAGACUGUAAAAGGAAAAGGAAUGUAUUUGCUUUUAAAAUAAACAUCAUCUAAU